CUCCACUCACUCACCCACUUACUCAUUCACUCACUCAGGGUCUCUCUCUUCUCUGCUGUUGCUUUUUCUACCGUCGCUGUUGCCGUCGUUAGCCCAGUAUUGAGCUACCAGCUGACCUACUUUUCUCUCCUCAGCCUCUCACUGCUGUUUACAAGCCUGUAUGUGGCAGCAGCAGCAGUGGAGGAGGAGGAUGUUGGAGUCCGGAGGCUGGAAAAACACACGGACACAAGCGAACAGAGCACGACAUACGACGUUAGCCACUAUGUUAUGUUGUUGAAGAAGAGCGACUGCUCAGCGGAGAUUCACAACAGCACCUUAUUCACUUCUAGACCUGGUUAUUCAAUAGAAGGCUUCGCCUCCUGUCGCCUCCUGUCACUCAGUCAGACGCUGGAGCUGCUAGCUGCUCUCAGCUACUAUGUUCUACUUUCCUCCUUUUUAAAAAAGAUAAAAAAUAGAAACAUGGCAGAAAGGAUUAAAGUUAAACGCUGAAGUGUGUGUGUUUUCUGCGCGGGAGCCGUUUUCAAGGAUUUGGUGUUUCUCUGCUAUCUUGGUGGCAGUGGUGGGCAGCUGGUCUGCUGUAGAAUUUUCCAGAACAGUGUUUGGACAAGGAGCUCGGAUGGGACUCAGAAGACUUCAGAAAGUGCCUGGUUGGGAAAGGGUGUGAAUAUGGACAACCUCUCUGACUUUGGUGUCCCCUGCUCGUCCGCCCACGGGGAAUGGGACACCAGCAGCUGCAUGGACGACUUGAUUGAUGAGGAUGAAAAAGACAGGGCAAAAAGGGCAUCCCGGAACAAAUCGGAAAAGAAAAGAAGAGACCAAUUCAAUGUGCUCAUCAAGGAGCUGUGCACUAUGCUGCAGGGCCAAGGACAUCCACGCAAGAUGGACAAGUCCACCAUAUUACAGAGAACUAUCGACUUCUUGCAGAAACAGAAGGACAUCACUGCACAGAAUGAAACCUGUGAUGUGAGACAGGACUGGAAGCCUUCGUUCCUUAGUAAUGAGGAGUUCACCCAGCUGAUGUUGGAGGCCCUGGAUGGUUUCUUGAUUGCACUAACCACCGAUGGAAACAUCAUAUACGUAUCUGACAGCGUGUCUUCACUUACUGGCCAUUUACCAUCAGAUAUGGUGGACCAAAAUAUCUUGAAUUUCCUCCCGGAGCGGGAACAUGGGGAGGUGUAUAAGCUGCUCUCAUCCCACAUGCUGAUGACUGACCCCAUUGCUACAGACUAUUUUGACAGUGAGGCACAAAUUGAAUUUUGCUGUCAUCUCGCCAGAGGUAACAUUGACCCAAAAGAGCCGCCUGUGUAUGAAUACGUCAAGUUUGUUGGAGAUUUCAAGUUUCACAACCAUGUGCCUAGACCUUCUUGUAACGGGCUUGAAAUGACCUUACCAAGAAGCCUGCAGUCAGCACUGGAGGAGCAGGUCUGCCUCAUUGCAACUGUACGAUUAGUCACUCCACAGUUUCUUAAGGAUUUGUGUAACGUGGAGGAUCCGUGUGAUGAAUUCACUUCCAGACACAGCCUUGAAUGGAAGUUCCUGUUUUUGGAUCACAGAGCUUCACCAAUCAUAGGCUAUUUACCCUUCGAGGUUCUAGGAACGUCUGGCUAUGAUUACUAUCAUGUCGAUGACCUGGAGCUAAUAGCUCAGUGUCACAAUCAGUUAAUGCAGUUUGGGAAAGGUAAAUCCUGUUACUAUCGCUUCUUGACCAAAGGUCAGCAGUGGAUUUGGUUGCAGACUCACUACUACAUCACGUACCACCAGUGGAACUCCAAACCUGAGUUCAUUGUCUGCACUCACACUGUUGUCAGUUAUGCCGAAGUGCGAGCUGAAAGGAGGAGAGCGUUUGGCCUUGAGGAGCUGUCGCCACCCGAGAAUGCUCCCUCCUCUGUGAAGGCUCAGGAGCUGUACUUGGACAUCUGCUCCACACUAAACCCUACAUCAGACAGAAACAGUGGUGCUCGUUCAGUAUCGUCCCACAGCUCACGGAAGUCCUCCCACACAGCACUUUCAGACUCUGCAUCAGCUAACUCCUACACAGAGGCCUGCACUCCAUCAUGGCAGUCUGCCUCCAUUACAACAGAGAAGACAUCUGCCAGACUCCAGUCCAGUGGUUCAAAGAAUUUAGCCCAAAGGCAAAAUUCCUUUGACCUUGUUCCCCAAAUGAGCCUCCCUGUCUCUCUUACCUGCAACAAGCACUCCACAAUGCAACAGCAAACCAAGCAGCAGCAGCAGCAGCAGCAGCAGCAACAGCAGCAACAGCAGCAGCAGCAGCAGAAGCAGCAGUCUUCGUCCAUGUAUCAGCUGCAGGAGCCUCAGCUCGGCAUCAUGAACCAGCUGAAGGAGCAGCUGGAGGAGAGGACACGGAUUCUGCAGGCCGACAUUAAGACACAGCAGCAGGAGCUGCAUGACAUCAAGGAGAAACUUCAGCUGGCUAACAUCCAGAUGUUGUUACAGCAGCCUGUCAAUGACUUUGGCCCAGCCCAGCAGCAGCAGCAGCAGCCGCCGCAGCCGCCUCAGCAGCAGCAGCAGCAGGGCCCGGGCAGUGUGACCCAGCACAACCAGGCAGGGGUCAUCAGACAAUUGUCAGGCCCUCAGCCCAAAGCAGCAGGCUGUGGGGCCCACUCUUCAUCCCCACACUCACUCCUGAGAGAGAACAGCUCUCCCUUGGCAACACAGGUGCAGCAGAGGAUUGCUCGAGGCGGGCAGGUGUCAGUGAGUCUGCCUGUACAGACCAACACCAGUCUGACCAUGCCGUUCUACAGUAACCCCAUGAUGUUCUCUCAGACCAACACCAGACCUGUGCAGGACGCAAACCAAAGACACACAGACACUGAGUUCAACCAGGAAGGACAGCUACGCAUGCUUCUCAACCAACCAAUGCAGACGCUGGUUCCUACAAGCACUGUCAAUUCACAGCCUUCCCAGUGCAACAUGGGCCUCUCCCAAGCCAUAUACACGCUGGAGCAGCAGAUCAUUGCCCCCUCGUUCUCCAUGCAACAGGUCAACUGCAACGCCGUCCUGGUGCCGUCUCCGGUCUUCACGUCCCCAAUCAUGUUCCCACACAACAGUUUCAUCUCCCCCCAGUCCCAGUCAGCGUACCACACCCAGCCGCAGGCCUCGCAGCACUCCCUGCAGCUGCAGCAGUCCCAGCAGUUCUUUCAGAUGACUCAAGGACUUGUACCCAGUGGGUCUACUCCAGCAUUCUUACACACCACUAAUGUCCCACAGCAAAGCACUGUGGGAUACAUCCAGCAACAGCCGCAAACACAGCAACUACCACAAGCGCAGCAGCAGCAGCAAAGGCAAUACCAACAUUCCCAAAACCAGACUGGCAGUGUUUCAGACUUCAGAAAUAUGCUCACUCGGUAGCGCUGUGGACUGCUCUAGCGUGGCGCGCUCCCCUCUGUGUUGUUGCGUCGUAGGCGGCAGCACACUGUGGCAUUUCAAGUCGAAGUUGACGUCAAGUUCCGCUGCAGAAACGCUUGAAAAGUGGGGAAAAGGCUUAAAGCCUUCACCUUUGAUGUGAAGCAGCCUGACGAGAAGAAGGAGUGGAAUUGAAAAGAAGCCACGAGCAGAGGCGGCUCUGAGCUGCAGGAGACUGAGGACAGUCUGAGGUUCUGGGUCACGGCAUGCUCACUCAUCCAUGAAAGACACUGCUGAGACAUGUCAAUUAUCAGAAACUCUCAAGAAGACAGUCACAUGUUUACAUGUGGAUAUGUUGAUCCAACACAGAGAGUUUCCUUUCAAGUGUCAGUUUGCACUUUUGUAACCGCCUCCCACCCUAAAGUAGAAUAUUUAUUUCUUCACUAAUAAUGGAUCAGUUCUUCAGCCCCACACAGUGACCUGAGCUCAGCGCUGGUCAGAGUUUUAGCUCUCGUGAGAAGGAGAAACAGGCAGCUGACAUAUAUACGCGUCUGACGCUUGGUGCUAAAGGUAGCUAUCAGAGGUUAGCAGAGCAGUGUCGGUCAUGUCUAACUACGAGGGAAGAGUUGUUAAUGUUGCUAUGGUGAUGUGAUUGCACUUUCUCUGACAAAAAGAGGAGAAAACAGCCUUGUUUGUGAGGCAUAUAUAUAAUUAUAUGCACACUUGUCACUUCCUGGUUUUUCUCAAAGCUAGCGCGAGUAUUUCUGGUAAGCUGUCAGCCAAAGAUGCAGCGAUGAAGAGGUGGUGUCUGCAGAGGUUCACCAAGUUGCUGAAAUGUAUUGAGCAUUUAAGGCCAUGUUGAAUCCCUCAGAGCUAAUUACUAAAACAAGUACUGAAAGACAUUAUAAACAUUUUCCCUCAAAGGUCCAAUUUUCCCCUUAACUGACCGAAGCACAGGGGGCUCAAAUGACCUGGGGGCCUCUGAGUGUCUCGUUUGGUCAGUAGGGGGCCAGUCAAGUCAAAAAAAAGGCAGACUUUUUGAAAAAAAGGCAUCAAAAUAAGUAUGAUACUUGCCAUAAUUUCAAAAUAAAAGUGGAACAACAAAUAGUUCACAAUAUCAAUGUAUUUAUGAUGCAAAAUUAAUCUAUUAAUCAAAACAAACCCAUAGAGAAAUAACUCAUCAUAACUUAAUAUUCAGUGUCGGGCCACAUGUGACUAUGAGACCUCUGAUUUAGCAGCAGUUCUAAGUGAUGCUCCGUGCAUGUCGUCGGUUAGCGAGCACCUGCUUGUGUAAUGUGUUAUGACCGGCUGACACUCACACUGCCACUUGUUUGCUGAACACUGAACAAAGCUGAAAAUUCCUUAAGUUUGACGUGACACGGCGCUCCUAUGUUGUCCCCGUUUAGACCUGGUAUCAGCAACAAUGACUGUUCACACCUGGAGUACAUCAUGUUUGUAUAUAUAAGUAUAUGAGACAAGAGGAAGUGAGUGAAGCAAAGCACAGCGUGCACUGCUGUGACAUGGGAUCAGAUCAUAACUUUAAGGAGGAAAAAUAGAUCAUGUUGAUUAGUGUUAAAGGUCCAGUAUGUAAGAAUUAGUCACGUCUCAUCUUGAAACAAUAUAAGGACUCCCUCACUGUUCCGUCCCAUUCUAAUGCAUGUAAGGCCCGUUUUGCGCUGCUGCAGCGUUCCACGUGUUUCAUCUCUGCUGCCAUGGUAACACAUUAGAGCUGUCUCAAGCGUGUCUAUUUUUGAGUUGCAGCUGUCUGGCCUAUUUUUCACUUCCCAGCAAAAACAAGAUACUUUUUUCAAUAAGGUAGUUUUGAUUGGCCUAACUUGUUUCAAGACUUUUUCAUUUUCGUACCCUCACAUAGCUGUUUCACGUUCUACCCAGGAUACCCAAAUUCAGCUUAAAUAAAUUAGAUUUUUUGUGGGGAUUUGCUUGUGUUUAUGUUGUCUUUCUCCAGAUAUAAAAGCUUCCUACUCCUGCAAACACUUUAUUCUGAUUUCAUGACGACAGAACUUUUUUUUUAUGGCACAAAUCAAAUCAUGAGUCAGGAAAUGAAAUUGUGAGUUUCUGAAAGAUUCACACCUCGAGAGAAAAGAUCUUCUACCAGCAUGAUUACACAAAACUGACAGCUCUUAUUGUAAUGUUUGUGUCAAAAACAUAAAUAUUCUAUCUUUUGAACUACUUUAGUACCCAUGCACUCUCUCUCUCUCUCUCUCCCAUGUGUGUGGACGCGGCAUUUAACCACACAAACCAAAUACACAUACUUAUGGACCAUAAACCAUUAAUGUCACACAAUCUACCUAUAAUGUUACAGCAUUCAAAGCUGAACUUCACAGCUGAACUCUUGUGAUGGGUUCACUCAGGGCGGAUGUUAAUACCAGGUCUGAAUGGGGUGAAAUAUAGCGACUCAUUGGAGAUGCUUGUCUUUAUUGCUUUGGGUCUUAAUUGCUGUGGGACAUGCAGCGGUGGGAUGACUAUCAUAUCUAACAGGAGUUGUGUUAGUCGUCCAGCUGUAACACUGGGGAAGUGGCAAGAGGGCGAGGAUAGAGGGGUUUCCUUCGAUAAUUCGAGUUUUGAAGUGUGCGAGUGAAGACGCGGUGAUGAGCGUGACCCCGCUGACCUCUGUAUCAUGAGCCUUGAAGCAAACAGAGAGGGGGUAGGGUAUAAAUGUGUGCCUUUAACCGUGGUCCACGUCUAUGGUGCGGUUUGCUGGUUUUGUCUGACGAUGGCUUUAAAAAUGCAGCUCAGGUCCAUUUGGAAUACAAAUGAUAUUUUCAUAGGUCCUAAUUUAUUCUUUUCCACCCUCAGAUCAAGACAGAAGCUAUUUAGAUUUAUAUAGGAUAUCGUAUAAAGACAUUAUAUACCUGAUACAUUUUGCACCCUCAACACCUGGAGGUCCACACUCUGUGUGAAUGAAGACUUUCUGUAAUCAUUGUAUAUCUGAUAAAGCAAAUUAUUUAACUAUUUACUGAAACCUUAUUGUCAUGAAAUGAUUUCAUUUUAUUUAUUCCAGAUGUAUUUUAAACUAUAUGUCUGAUAAUAAACUAGUUUUUAUUUUA